AUGGCUACCGGCUAUGACCCUGCGGACCCUCUGGCUAAGGGCACCUUCGCCACAGCCAAGCAAGGCUGGAAAGACCUCUUCAUCUGGAAGCAGCGAGUUGUCGUCACAAACGACUUCGGCGAAGAGCACACGGAAUGGCAAGCACCUGCUCCAUUGAAGAACCCUAUCAGCCUCUUCGCGCAGCUUAAUGCCAAGGACUGGACAUACUUUCUGGUUGGCUUCAGCGCAUGGGCCGCAGAUGCUUUCGACUUCCAUGCCCUCUCAAUCCAGACAACCAAACUCGCCAAGUACUAUCAUCGGACCAACACAGACAUUACCACCGCCAUCACUCUUACCCUGCUUCUUCGCUCCGUCGGUGCCGCCAUCUUUGGCCUUGCUGGAGACAAGUUCGGCCGAAAAUGGCCGAUGGUGAUGAACAUGAUCGUCCUGGGUCUCUUACAGAUCGCGACCAUCUACUCGGCGACCUUCCAGCAGUUUCUUGCAGUCCGAAGCCUGUUUGGAUUGUUCAUGGGUGGAGUGUACGGUAACGCUAUUGCGAUGGCCUUGGAGAAUUGCCCUGUGAACGCGAGAGGCUUGAUGAGCGGCAUCCUCCAGCAGGGCUAUUCCUUCGGCUAUGUACUUGCGGCUUGCGUGAACCUCGGAGUCGGUGGCUCAACGAAUUCUUGGAAAACAGUCUUCUGGGUCGGCGCUGGACUCUCCAUCGGCAUUGGGUUUGUUCGUGCCUGCUUCCCUGAGUCCAAGCAGUUCAUCGAGGCCAGGAAGGCUGGCAAGCGAGCAAAGGCCCCCGACGUCUUCUGGCAGGAGACCAAGAAGAUGCUGCGCCAGGAAUGGAGAAUGUGCAUUUACUGCAUCAUCUUGAUGACAUGGUUCAAUUACUAUUCGCAUACUAGUCAGGACAGCUACACGACCUUCAUGCUUACGCAGAAGGCGCUUCCCUCCGCCGGAGCUACUCGCGCCUCCAUCCUCAUGAAGACGGGCGCGUGCGUUGGCGGAACCAUUAUCGGAUACCUCUCUCAGUGGUUUGGUCGACGCCGGACUAUCAUUUGCGCCGCGAUCAUCUCCGCCUGCCUUAUCCCUGCUUGGAUUCUUCCCACAACUGAGGGUGGCCUCUCAGCAUCUGGGUUUAUGAUCCAAUUUUUCGUCCAAGGUGCCUGGGGAGUCAUCCCGAUCCACCUGAACGAGCUGUCUCCUCCGGCUUUCCGAUCUAGUUUCCCUGGUGUUACAUACCAGCUGGGGAACAUGAUCUCAUCGCCUUCCGCUCAAAUCGUCAACGCCAUCGCCGAGAGCCACUCCGUGAAGUCGAGCAACGGAAAGCCGGCUUCGGCUUAUGGACCAGUUAUGGGGGUAGCGACAGCCAUCAUUGCUCUCGGCAUUGCGGUUACCACAGCUUUGGGUCCCGAGAAGAGGGGCCGUCAUUUCGAGACUGUCGGUCCGCCAGUUGCUGAGGUGGUUGCGAAGGACAUCGAGGAGGGUCGCGUUAGUUACGAGAAAGCGGAAACUAGGGCUACCGAAACUGUGGAUGAAGAGACGGGGUCCACAGACAGAGACACUGAGAAGAAGUGA